AUGGUGAUGGUGCCUUUCAAACACAUUGUUCGCAACUAUGGAACUGUUCAACAGUGCGUGCUGCCUAUAACGAUCAGGGAUCUCUACAAGCGAACUGCCAAUCCCCCAAGGACGGUGAAGAAUGUCAAUGGCUGGAUUAGAUCCGUCAGGCUGCUGAAGAAGAUGGCUUUCUUGGAUAUACAAGAUGGGAGCUGCUUACAUACCCUGAAAGUGGCCAUUCCAAUCAAGAAGAUGGAUGAAACGGCAUUUCUCAAAGGAAUGAAGACUGGCCAAAGCAUAUCUAUUGCCUGCGCCCAAUGGCAGGACACACCACAAAGGGAGCAGCCGUUUGAGCUCAAGAUCGAAGAUCCACUUGAAAGCAUCUCAAUUAGGGGCACUGUAACUCACGACUACCCUCUACAAAAGAAGAACCACUCGCUGCUUUUUUUACGAUCUUUGCCAACGUUAAAACAUAGAACGACCUACCUAGGAUCGUUAAUGAGAUUCCGGUCAUUUGCUGAACAACGGCUGAUGAAUAUUCUGCAGUCUGAUGAUUUUACGAAAGUGUCCCCACCAGUGUUGACUUCCAGCGACUGUGAGGGAGCUGGCGAACUAUUUGAAGUUAAGACAGCAAGCUCCAAGAACUACUUUGGUAAACCGUCCUAUUUAACAGUUUCCACCCAACUUCACUUGGAGAUUCUUGCAAUGUCGUUAUCACGUUGUUACACACUAACUCCAUGCUUCAGAGCGGAGAGGAGCGACACUAAUCGUCAUCUAAGCGAAUUCUGGAUGCUGGAGCUGGAAAUGUGCUUUAUCAAUGACGUUCGUCUGCUGACGAUGGUUGUGGAGUCCGUACUGAGGCGCUUAAUCGAGUCAUGCUGCGAGAGAAGCAGCGAGUUGAUUCCCGAAAUAACAUUACAGGAGUGCCUGUCCAAAGAAGAGGUGCUCAAUCGCUGGAAUAUGCUACUGAACCCUGAACCCUGGAAGGUGAUUACUUAUACUGAGGCUAUUGACAUACUCAGCGACAAGCACAGGAUGGCUCCUUUCGAAAAGUACGAGCCCAAAUGGGGAGAGCCAUUACAAACUGAGCAUGAGAAAUGGUUGGCAGGAGUGCACUUUCAAUCUCCCGUUUUCAUAACUGACUAUCCUCGAGACUGUAAAGCGUUUUACAUGAAGACGAACACAUCGGCAUCGCCUGGGAGAGAAACUGUUGCCUGCUUCGACUUGCUGUUCCCUGAGAUGGGCGAGAUCGCUGGCGGAAGCAUCCGGGAGGACAACUACAAUGAAUUAGCACAGGAGAUGCGGCGAAGGGGUAUGAAUUCCUCAGGCGAGCUGGAUUGGUACCUCUCACUGAGACUCGAGGGUAGCGUACCUCAUGGAGGGUUUGGUUUAGGAAUGGAACGUCUCAUAUCCUACCUCUUUGGUAAUCACAAUAUCAGGGACGCCAUAGCAUUCCAUAGAAGUGCUACAGGAACUAUAGACCUUUGA